CUGUCUCUCUUGGUUGCCCUUGCCUUAGACGAAGCACUGCACAAACCGUUGUGAAGUUUCUGUGUAUGGCUUAUGAUGCUGUAGGCUCCUCAGACCGGCAGGCACGUUGUCAAACUAAAGUUGCUGUGUGGAGAUAAGCGGCUUUGUCCAUCCCCGAAUUUCUGCUGCAUGCGCAAGGAGCAGGUUGAGUUGGAAGAGAGCAAGCAAACAGUCAGGGUUGCUUGUCAAGUUUUCCGGGUUUGGAUGAGCCUUCUUCAACAGUAGUGACUGAGGUGUGAGACUCCACACCCCCCUCCCCCCCGGCAGCCAUGCCGCCGCCGGCAGACAUCGUCAAGGUGGCCAUUGAGUGGCCAGGGGCAUUCCCCAAGCUUAUGGAGAUAGACCAGAAAAAGCCUCUUUCGGCCAUCAUUAAAGAAGUGUGUGAGGGGUGGUCCUUGGGGAGCCAUGAAAACUUUGCUCUGCAGAUUGCUGACCCGACAAAUUCAAUCUACAUCACAGAAAAGAACCGCAAUGACGUAAAGAACGGCUCAAUCCUGCGCUUGACCACCUCUCCUUACCAGACUGCAGUCCAGCUUCAUGAGCGGAUCCAGUCAUCUAGCAUGGAUGCAAAGCUGGAGGCUCUGAAGGAUCUGGCCAAUGCAUCCAGAGACAUCACCUUUGCACAGGAGUUCAUCAACCUGGACGGCAUCUCCCUGCUCACCCAGAUGGUGGAGAGUGGAACUGAGCGCUAUCAGAAACUACAGAAGAUUAUGAAGCCCUGUUUCGGUGAGCUCCUGUCCUUCACUCUGACAGCGUUUGUGGAGCUGAUGGACCACGGCAUCGUUUCCUGGGACACUUUCUCCGUGGCCUUCAUCAAGAAGAUCGCCAGCUAUGUGAACAAGUCGGCCAUGGACACAGCUGUGUUGCAGCGCUCCCUGGCCAUCCUGGAGUCCAUGGUGCUAAACAGUCAGGAUCUGUACCACAAGGUGGCGCAAGAGAUCACCAUCGGACAGCUCAUCCCGCAUCUUCAGGGGACUGAUCAAGACAUUCAGACCUACACUAUUGCUGUCAUCAAUGCUCUGUUCCUCAAAGCCCCCGAGGAGAAGAGACAGUUUGAUGAGCACAUUGUGGACAUCCUAAAUUGUCCCCUGACAGAGAUGGCCCAUAUUCUUGCCCAGAAACAGCUGCGCUCCAUUAUCCUCAGUAACGUGAUCCGGAGCAACACGCCCAUCAACGACGAGAUGGCACAUCAGCUGUACGUCCUGCAGGUGCUCACCUUCAACCUGCUGGAGGACCGCAUGAUGACCAAGAUGGAUCCCCAGGAUCAGGCUCAGAGGGACAUCAUCUUUGAGCUGCGGAGAAUCGCCUUCGACGUGGAGUGCGAGCCCAACAACAGCGGCAGCAUUGAGAAGCGCAAGUCCAUGUACACCCGCGACUACAAAAAGCUCGGCUUUAUUAACCAUGUGAAUCCAGCUGUGGAUUUUACCCAGAUUCCUCCAGGCAUGCUGGCUCUGGAUAACAUGCUUUACUUUGCCAGACACCACCAGGACGCCUACAUCAGGAUCGUCUUGGAGAACAGCAGUCGAGAAGACAAGCACGAGUGUCCAUUUGGCCGCAGCAGCAUCGAACUGACCAAGAUGCUCUGUGAGAUUCUGAAAGUGGGAGAGCUUCCCAGUGAAAACUGCCACGACUUCCACCCCAUGUUCUUCGCCCACGAUCGCUCCUUCGAGGAGUUCUUCUGCAUCUGCAUCCAGCUGCUCAACAAGACCUGGAAGGAGAUGAGAGCCACAAGUGAAGACUUCAACAAGGUAAUGCAGGUGGUGAGGGAGCAGAUCAUGCGAGCGCUCACUGUCAAGCCUAAUUCCCUGGACCAGUUCAAGAGUCGCCUGCAGAACCUGAGCUACACAGAGAUCCUGAAGAUACGCCAGUCUGAGAGGAUGAAUCAGGAAGACUUCCAGUCCCGGCCCAUCUUGGAGCUGAGGGAAAAGAUCCAGCCAGAGAUCAUGGAGCUGAUCAAACAGCAGAGGCUCAACAGGUUGUGUGAAGGAACCUGCUUCAGGAAAAUCAGCAGUCGCAGGAGGCAAGAUAAGUUUUGGUACUGCCGCCUGUCCCCGAAUCAUAAAGUCCUGCACUAUGGAGAUCUGGAGGAGAGCCCUCAGGGCGAGGUGCCACACGACUCUUUACAGGACAAACUGCCUGUGGCUGAUAUCAAAGCUGUUAUCACCGGCAAAGACUGUCCUCACAUGAAGGAGAAGGGAGCCCUGAAGCAAAACAAGGAGGUGUUGGAGCUGGCCUUCUCUGUCCUCUACGAGUCGGACGAGUACUUAAACUUUAUCGCUCCUGACAAGCACGAGUACUGCGUGUGGACUGACGGUCUAAACGCCCUCCUGGGUAAGGAGAUGACCAGCGACUACACCAAAUCCGACAUGGACACCCUGCUCUCCAUGGAGAUGAAGCUCCGCCUCUUGGAUCUAGAGAACAUCCAGAUUCCCGAGGCCCCGCCCCCGAUUCCCAAAGAACCAAGCAACUAUGACUUUGUUUACGACUGUAAUUAGACGUACAACCCCACAAGCCCAACCCAAACAAACCCCGCACCUACUGUAUUCACUGGACCAAUCCCCUUUUCUUAUAAACUGGAACAUGAAUAAAUAAAAACCAUAUAAUAUAAAGAAAAAAAAAUGAACUGUGAUUGAAAGAAAAAGGAAUUGCUGAACUAUUCUCCUCUUGCUUCUGGCUUGACCUUUAUGAGAGGGAUAAUCGUGCGUGUUAACAUGAAACGUUGCACUUGAGGGACUUGGGGGUCGAUGCAGAGUCAUCAGGUUGCCAUGGAGAAGAGAAACCAGGAUGUGUGUGUUUGGCCUGUCGUUGGUCGUCCUGCGUCUUCUUCCUCACUCUCUUCCUCUGUCUGAUGUUUCAAAAACAUUUGCUUCUUCUUCUCCUUCUUCUUCUUCCUCUUCUUCUCGGCGGAGGCGCUCGCUGUCAUUUUGCUUCAAGAUUGUUAUAGACAAAUGCUUAGAAAUUCCAUUUGAUCCCGCUUCCUUAUUGUCCUAUUUUUUAUUUUAUUUUUUUUUAUUAUUGUUAUUAUUUCAUUAUUUUUUUCUCAGGGCUCUUGUGGGGAGGGGUGAUGGAUGCAGGGAUCAGGAUGCAGCGGUUGUGUAGUUCAGGAGAAGGGAGGGAAGAGGGUGUUUUUUUUUUGUUUUUUGACCUUUUUUUUUUUUUUUUGGUCAACUUCCCAUUAGUAUUUCCUGUCACAUUCCCUCUUACAGUAUCUGUGGCAGCUAAAUGUUUCCCCGAUAGCCUGAAAUGCAUUUCUAAAACGAGUAUUUCUUAAAAAUAUGUCCUGCUUCACAUAAACUGAAGACUGUUAGAAUAAGUCCAUCCUCGAAAUCUAGGCACUGUACUACAGAGAAACAAAAAAAAGCCUCUCUUUUGAAUAUCAAUGUUAUUAUCCCACUGCUUAUUGCUUAUUGCACACACCUACAUAGCGGCUUUGCCAUUUAAAAAAAAAAAAAAAAAAAAAACAACUGUAAAACACCACCGUUGUGACACAGUCACACACUCGUCUUUCCCUGCUGUACUCAACAUUCCUAAGCAAUAUUUGAGCUUUUUUUUGUGUGUUUAUCAUUUGUGAGAUGGUCAUAAUUUAGUGAUAUUAAAAUUGUGAAACUGCCAGGUAGUCUGUAUUACAACAAUAUAAGUUAGUGCUCGAUCAAGGGAAGUUGACUUUUCAUUGUGUGUUCAGGACUGUGUGGCCACAGAAUUGAGAGUUUAUGUAUUUUUUUAAGUUAAAAACAGAUCAUGGUUGUUAUUUCUAUUAUGAUUUAUAUAUUUUUCCCCCCUCCUAUUUAAUGCCUUCAAUUGUUUUGUUUUCUUUCUUUAGGAUUUUUCAAAGCCCCUCAAAACUGCUGUUUACAUUAAAGAUAUAAGAAAUGUAAUAA